AUGGGCUACCGCGUUGGUGGGCCAUGGGGGUCGGUCACUCCACCGGUGAAGAAGGAAAUAGAAGUUGACAAUCCAGCCAAGGAUGAGCGUUUUAUGACAACCUACAGCAAGAAUUUUGGUUUGGCAAAGCCCCGAGCCCAACUCUAUGUAAAUGCGCCUUCUUCUAUCCGGGCAGAGCCAAAUGCUACUCUGACAUUGCGGCAAGCGGCUUCAUUGAGAUGUCCGCCCCCACCAGUGAAUACGCUCAACACGCUCAACACAUUGACGAAGUCAAUGUCAAUGUCUGGCAUUCGCGGCAGCCUUCAGAUAGCGGGCAAAACCUUGACUGCAAGCCUGAGAACUGAAGCUGCGCCAUCACCCAGUGAUCGAAGGCAUUCCUUGCAGUUGAAGACCUUUCAGUCAAGAAACUCUGCAGCAAAAUUACGGUGCCGUUUUCCAGGCACUUCUAUUUCUCACCAGACUCCUGGCCAAGGAGAUAUGCGGCGAAAGUGCUUGGAACUUCUGAGCGAACCCGAUUUGAAAAAGAUCGCGGAUUUACCACAACCAAAUCGAGACAUGGUGGAAUCGUUGAUGAAGCGCUUUGACACCAGCGGAAAGAAAACUCUGGAUGAAAAAGAUUUCUUUGAGUUAUUGGUGUCACAGUUGCGUCGCAGUGCUUUUGACCGCGGAUCGGUUCUGGGACGCGAAUUCUUCCUGACCAAAGGCCAGCAAGAUGUUUGGGAUGUGUAUCGGAGAGAGAAACAACUGGGCACCGGUUCCUUUGGCACUGCUUAUCAAGCGGUGAACAUCAAAACUCACGAGGAGCGGGUGAUUAAAGCGGUCAAGAAGAGCCGUACGGCAUUGCCACUGGAUGAGAUUGAACAAGAGAUCUUGAUCAUGAGGCAAAUUGAUCACCCACACAUGGUGCGGCUUUUUGCGUGGUAUGAAGACGGAAAUCGUGUCUACUUGGUCCUUGAUUAUUUGAAAGGCGGGUCCUUGAAGGACGUCAUCGUGCAGCUGAACAAGAAGGAUGAGCGAGGUCUGAAAGAGGCGUGGAUCAGGGAGGUCAUCCAACAAACUGCCGGUGGCUUAGCAUAUUGCCACAAUCUUCGGCUCAUUCACAAAGAUUUGAAAGAUGAGAACAUUAUGCUUUUGGAGAAGCCUGACAAGUGGGAGAAGCCUCAUGCAGUGAUCAUCGACCUGGGUGUUGCAGAGAUGUUCAGCGUAGCAGAUCCUGCGGGGCGCUUUAUUGGUGGCACCCCCACCACCAUGGCGCCUGAGGUGUGGUUAGGCAACUUCGGACCCAAGUGCGACGUGUGGUCUUUGGGAUGUAUCAUGUUCGAGCUAUGCACCGGCGCUUUGCCAUUUAUGGCCACCACGGUGCAGCCAUCUGCAUGGACCCGAUUGCACAAGCGCGGCCCAAAGUGGGAGGAGAUGAAGACUUGCGCAGAAAGCAAAACAUUGUGCAGAGCGAUGCUUCAGUAUAAAGAAGCAGAUCGUCCUUCAAUGAUGGAAGUUCUGGACUUCGAAUACUUCCAGACAGCAGCUCAUGAGCCCCCCGGAUGGACGUUGACGCUUAAGGUGGUGCCACCCGAGAGGUUCACGAAUUUCCUCAACGCGCACAAGCUGCACCGCGCGCGGCAGGGGCUCCUCCUGGAGAUCGCCUCCAGGAUGCCCUUCGAGCGCGCGGGGGAGAUCAUUCGGAUGUUCUCGGAGGUGGAUGCAGAUCAUACCGGGACCAUUACGUUGGAUGAGCUGAAAGCAUACUUCGACAGGGUGGGAAUUCAGCAUGACGACCUUGCGAAGACCUUUCAGGCUUUAGAUGUGGACAAGGAUGGCUUCUUGUCCUUCAGCGAGUUCUCCAGUGGUGCCCUUCUACUCUACCAAGAUGCGUUGGAAGACGAACUGCAUGUGCUCUUCUCCAGUUAUGACUCCGAUGGCAAGGGCUACUUGACCCCCGCCGAAGCUGAGAAGUUCCUGGACAGCGUGCGGGCAGCCACCGACCUUGGCGGAAGGGCCUCCUCCCAGAUUGACGCCUUCGUCAGAAGUGGUCAGAUCACCUUCCAACAACUCAGGGAUUUCUUGGUGGCUCCGGUCUCCAGCCGUCCGUCCUCCUGCCUCUCACAAUCGUCGCUACGGUCAAACCGUUCCAACCGCUCCAACCGCUGA